UUGAGGCAUGGCUUAUUACAAAAAAUACAGCAGCACAGUUUGUUCUCUUUCAUUUGCCUGGUAUGUUUGGUGUUCAGGGAUUAAGGGAGGAGAAAGGACCAGCUAUCCAGAAUGCUUUGUUAAGAGGAGGGAGUAAAUUUGAUUGUCGUCAGCACUGGAUUUCCAUAUGAGUGCUUAAAAGCCUGUAGCUUGUGAAGAUGAUUGCUCUAAAAAUAGCUUCAGAGAGAGUUUGCAGUCAGGUCCAGUUUCAGGUUCUAGCUGAGUUAGCUUUAUUAAACUUUCUUUUUUUAACCACUGUUGCAAGACUAGAUUGAGGGUAACUCGUUCCUUGUUCCACUUGGAUGUUGAUUUUGGACUCCAAUAUACUUAUUUUAUCCAUGGAUAAGGGACAGUAAUGCCAUGGCUGAAGAUUCAGAGACAAAGCAUGGAGGAAACAAGAAUGGGAAGAAAGAAGGCCUCUCUGGAAGCUUUUUCACCUGGUUUAUGGUAAUAGCACUGCUGGGAGUUUGGACAUCAGUAGCAGUUGUCUGGUUUGAACUUGUAGAUUAUGAAGAAGUUCUAGCCAAAGCAAAGGACUUCCGUUAUAACUUGUCAGAGGUACUUCAAGGCAAGCUUGGGAUAUAUGAUGCUGAUGGAGAUGGAGAUUUUGAUGUGGAAGAUGCCAAAGUUUUGCUAGGCUUGACCAAAGAUGGCAGUAAUGAAAAUAUUGAUUCCCUUGAGGAAGUCCUUAAUAUUUUAGCAGAGGAAAGUUCUGAUUGGUUUUAUGGCUUCCUCUCAUUUCUCUAUGAUGUAAUGACUCCUUUUGAAAUACUAGAAGAAGAAGAGAGCGAAGCUGCAGAUGAUGUUGAUGGUACGUCACAGAAUGAAGGGGUUCAGGGAAAAAAGACUUGCGUUAUUUUGGAUUUACAGAACCAGUGACUGAUUCAGGGGCUAAUUUUAUUGGCUUGUGAAAAUGUCCAUGCAAUCAAUCUUAAUAUAAGGCUUUAUGGCAGUGGGUGGAUUAAAAAACAAACCAAACCUUUAAUGAACAUUCUAAAUAUGAGCUAAAAUCAGCCAGCCAUGUGAUAUAGUUUCACUUCUUGAAAAGCCUUUCAGUGACUUUCUCCAUUUUGUGACAGGGAGAUAAACAUUUACACAAAUGUGUAAUUAUGCCUAGGAUAAAAUAACUAAAUAAAAAGUGUCUGCAAUUAUGUAGUUGGCUUCUGUAUGGUUUUGCUUCAACAAUUUGUGCAUUUUGUGCACUAAAAUUGGCAAACUAACUAUAGUAAGCUGUACCGUUACCCCUUAUAAACAUUUGUCUUUCUAACAAGCAUUAAUUGAGGCAUUUUGUAAUGGGCUUGAUUACAAGAUAUUCUGGCAUGAUUAAUAUGUUAUGUAAAUAUAUAUUUAUAUGUUAAUCCUUACUAAUAUAGCUAUUAUACAAAUGAGUGCUCUUAUGAAAUACCAUAUGAUAAAUUAUUCAUACCUUAAAUUUAAAAUUAAUUUUCUGAUUCACUGAUUUCUCAGAUACAUGCUUUUUACCCCUUUAAUUAGAAGCACUGUAUUAAUAGUGCUUGUAAAUGUAUUAAAAAUUAUUUUAUUCUAGGUUAGUUAACAUACUGUAUUUAGGAAAUAGCAUGUCAAUAUGUUUGUCUAAUUUGAAAGAGUUUUCAGUCUAAUUUUUUGUAUAAUAAUCACACCCUAAGGGCUGUUCUGAUCUGUUUUCAAGGGAUUUUUUUAGUGGGCAUUUUAUGAAAGUGGGGAAUUGUGAAUAUGUAUUUCUUAUGUAAUGAUGAAAUAUAUUAAAGAUUACUCCACACAAAGUA